AUGCUCAACGCCUCCGGCCCGACCAACCUGACCGACGUGGCGCUCCUAGAAGACCUGCCCGCCAGCCCGUACAGCCUCGUCCAGAAGAUCGUCAUCGCUAUCGUCGCCAGUGUCCUAUCCGUACUCACCGUAGUAGGCAACUCCAUGGUGAUGAUCAGCUUCAAAAUCGACAAGCAACUUCAAACCAUAAGCAACUACUUCCUCUUCUCACUCGCUGUAGCGGACUUCGCUGUCGGGCUAAUAUCGAUGCCUCUGUACACGAUGUUUACGAUAUACGGCUACUGGCCUCUCGGGCCAUACAUUUGUGACACGUGGCUCGCAUUAGACUAUCUGGCGUCAAACGCGUCGGUGCUCAAUUUAUUAAUAAUCAGUUUCGACCGAUAUUUUAGCGUGACACGUCCGUUGACUUAUCGCGCUAAGAGGACUACACGUCGUGCGACGGUGAUGAUUGGUGGUGCGUGGGGAUUCAGCUUAGUGUUGUGGCCUCCUUGGAUUUACGCGUGGCCGUAUAUAGACGGUGAGAGGAAAGUGCCACCUAAUGAGUGUUACAUUCAGUUCAUAGAGACGAAUCAGUUUAUCACGUUCGGGACUGCUAUUGCGGCGUUUUAUGUGCCAGUGACCGUAAUGUGCAUAUUGUACUACAGAAUAUGGAAAGAGACAAAGAAACGGCAGAAGGAUCUGCCUAAUCUUCAAGGUGGCAAGAAACACGACUCGUCAAAGAGAUCGAACUCGAGGUGA